AGAUAUGUGUUAUUCAUAAUGUAUAAGUAUCUAAAUGAAUCACUAAUGAACAGAUUUUUAAAGAUACCAUCAGACAUGUUGAAAGGUAAUCAACGGUCUAUUGUGGCAGCAGCCAUCGCUGGUAUCUUGAUUUCUACCUACGCUUUGUAUGUGGAAAUGGCAGCGGAAGUUCGACCAGGCUAUAAGGCUUUGUGUGACAUCUCAGAGCACGCCAGCUGUUCGAGGGUGCUCACAUCCAAAUACUCUAAGGGCUUCGGUUUAAUUUCUGAUGACUCGCUACUUGUUGUACCAAAUUGUGUUUAUGGAGUGAUUUUCUACUGUCUAAUGAUAUUUUUGUCAACUUUCGACAAUUUGACACUGGUACGUGUGCAGUUUUUCAUCGCUCUGUCUUCGGUGGCCACUUGUUUCUAUUUAGCAUACCUAUUAAUUUUUGUACUGAAAGAUUUUUGUAUAGUAUGUGUUUCUACUUACGUUUUCAAUGCUGCAAUUGUUUAUUUCCUAAACAAGAAAAUACAAAUCCUUAAAGUAAAGGCAAAGUAAUGUUUUUAAUAAUAUUCAAUCCUUGGCGCCUGUCAUUUUAAUGUUUACAUUCCUUUUCGGUAAGACUGGUACGGACGAGGGUGACGCAUACGGGUACAUUGUAGAAAUUAGCUAGUUGUGUUGACGCUUAGGUUAUAAACUUGCAAAGCUAUUUGAUUUGAUGUUACUGUACUUCGGGCUAUUUUACAUGAAUGUUUUAAUUAAACUGAUAC